GGGCAGCAGACACUAUUCCAUAGAGUGAAUUCCAUUAUGGUUCGUUACGUGCCUCGCCUGCCUGAUGGCCAGAAGGUAAAUUUGGCCUGGCCGCUGGCUGUAUUUCGAUUGAACCACAUAUUCUGGCCCCUGGAUCCGAGCACUGGAAAAUGGGGCCGCUAUUUGGAUAAUGUAUUAGCCGUCUUCGGAUGCCUUAUAUUUCUUCAGCACAACGAUGCGGAAUUAAGGUAUCUACGGUUCGAGGCCUCCAACCGGAAUUUGGACGCUUUUCUCACCGGAAUGCCCACGUAUUUGAUCCUGGUGGAGGCGCAAUUCAGAAGCCUGCACAUUCUCCUCCAUUUUGAGUCUCUACGAGUAUUUCUACAGCGCUUUUACGCCGAUAUUUACAUUGAUCCACGAAAGGAGCCGGAGAUGUUUUUCUCUGUAGAUCGCCAAAUGUUGAUUAAUCGCUUGGUUUCCGCCAUGUAUGGAGCCGUGAUAACUGGCUACCUAAUUUCUCCAGUUUUUUCUAUUAUUAACCAGAGCAAGGACUUCCUGUACUCCAUGGUAUUUCCCUUUGACACCGAGCCCUUGCCUGUAUUUGUUCCUCUUCUCCUAAGCAAUGUCUGGGUGGGCAUCAUUAUCGAUUCCAUGAUGUUCGGCGAGACCAGCUUGCUCUGCGAGUUGAUUGUUCAUCUCAACGGCAGCUACCUUUUGUUGAAAAGGGACUUGGAGUCUGAGGUUCAAAGGAUUCUGUCCAAAAGACAGCGUCCCCACAUGGCCAGACAGCUUAAGGAUCAAAUUGUUCAAACAUUGCGUAAGAAUGUGGCACUGAAUCAAUUUGGUGAAAAACUGGAGCAACAGUACACCGUGCGGGUCUUUAUUAUGUUUGCAUUUGCGGCAGGACUUUUGUGUGCCUUAUCCUUUAAGGCCUAUACGAAUCCCAUGGCCAACUAUAUUUAUGCGAUAUGGUUUGGAGCCAAAACGGGGGAAUUGCUAUCGCUGGGACAAAUUGGCUCGAACCUGGCACAUACGACAGAUUCCCUAAGCUCAAUGUAUUAUCUGACCCAUUGGGAGCAAGUCCUCGAGCAUUCCACCGAUCCCCAGGAGAACCUGAGACUCCUGAAACUAAUCAACCUGGCCAUCGCAAUGAACAGCAAACCCUACUAUGUAACUGGAUUGAAAUAUUUUCGUGUCAGUCUGCAGGCUGGCUUAAAGAUUUUGCAGGCAUCCUUCUCGUAUUUUACGUUUCUUACCUCGAUGCAGCGUCGUCAAAUGAACAAUUAAAUUAUUCCGAUUUUUAAUGGCGCAUCAUUCACCAUCCGCAUUGAUGCUGGAUCCCGAAGACCCGUCCCAAAAGCCUAGUCCACUGAUACAAAU